AUGGCGGAGAAAGGGUGGGAGGUGGAUGAUGAGGGGAGGGAGAGGAAGGUGAGGAGGUCGGUGCAGCCUACGGGGGUGGAUGGGUUGGAGCCGGGGGUAGAGUAUGAGGUUGGGUUAGAUAGGGAGAGUUUGGAGGGGAUGUGGUGGGCUGGCGUGGAAAAGGGGGAGGUUUUGGUUGAGGAGAGGACGGGGAAGCGGAGGUAUAUGCAGGAUUAUGGUGGGUGGGUUAGGGGGGGUGGGGUUGAGUGGGUUGUUGAGGAGGGGGAGGUCAAGGUUGAGGAGGGGGAGGUCAAGGUUGAGGAGUAG